AAGAUACAUUAUGGGAGAUUAGAUAACGAGUUGGCAGUUCUCAUUAUAAUAGUUAAAAACUACAUAAUGUAAAGGCAACUUGCUGAAAAUUUCAGUCAAAUUGAUCCACUAUGAACCGAGAACCAAGCUGAUGAAAGUUCCGCUUAGCCUCGAUCAUCAUUACUGAAGUCGAUAAGACAAAACUAAUAGUCUUGAUUAUCCAUUUAAUCGUUAAUCACGAUGGAAAAUUUUGCAGCAAAUCGGACUGCAAUCGAACAAAUAUCGCAGGGAAGCCUUGACAUCGAGAGCUGAUUAUGUAGGAAUUGUUGAAACAUGUGGAAACUUUGUGUUUUACUGUUGGUGGGAGUAUAUCAAAUUAACUCUCUAAAAAUAGCUGCUUUCAACAUCAGACGUCUUGGUGCACAUGCUGUCAGUAAUCAUGAUGCCUUACAGAGAAUGAUUCAGAUUGUUGGAAGGUAUGAUAUUGCUGUUAUUGAAGAAGUUAUGGAUUUAACUGGUAUUGGUCAAAUAGUCAGUGGAUUAAACAGUCAACAUGGAACAACACAUUAUCGCUAUAUCCACAGUGAUAAGAUCGGAAGAACAUCUUAUAAAGAAUAUUAUGGCUUUAUAUACAGAUCUGACCUGGUGAGUGUAAAGAAAACCUAUCAAUAUAAUGAUGUAAAUGAUUGGUUCGAGAGAGAACCAUUUUCUGUACUCUUCCAUGUGCCAACAGCUUCUCUAACAGACUUUGUGAUAACUGGCAUACAUAUCAAACCCUCUGAUGCUCCAAAUGAGAUAAGUCAUUUACCAACAGUUUAUAAGGCUGUAUCUUCAGCUUUAUCCAAUAAGAAUGUAAUGAUCGCUGGUGAUUACAAUGCUGAUUGUAGUUAUUUGAGUGCGAAAAAAUUAUCCUCUAAUCCUCUAUACACAGACCAAAGUUUUACCUGGUUAAUAUCCAGUACUGUAGAUUCUACUGCUAGUCAUCACACAAACUGUGCUUAUGAUAGAUUUGUAGUAGCUGGUGAUCAAUUCAAGGAAGCUAUUGUUCCACACAGUGCUAAAGCCUAUAAUUAUGAAACAGGAUUACAUCUAACAUUUGAUGAGGCAUGGGCAGUAAGUGAUCACUAUCCAAUUGAACUAGAAAUGAAAGAUUCAGUAGAUAUUGUUGGCUAAAUAAAAAAGAUAUAACAAGGGGCGUGUUCUAGAAU